GUUCAAGGAGAUUUCAAGCAGAUUUUUCCGAUUUUACAGAAAUUUUUCAAAAACAUCUGGCAUCUCGGAUCCUAUUGAUAUUGGUGUCAAUUUUUAAACGCACAUGGUUUUAUUUGUUAUUAUAUGAAUGAUGCAUGUUGUUAUUGAUGGUUCAUCUUUCCUCGCACAUGAUAAUAAUGAUUUUCAAUUCCUACGUUGAACUAGGAUUUGCUUGAAUUAGAUUGUGUUUCUAAUGUGUUAAGACUGAUCAUAAUGGAAACAAACAGUGUGCCUGAUAUAUCUAGUGUACUAGAAAAGAUUGCUAAUGCCGCGGAAAACACGAAAGAGAAUACUCGAGAGAAAAAAAAUCUGGAGGUUAAUACUAAAACCAAGGAGAAACCUGUAAAACCUGAACAUUUAAUACCCAGGGGAAAGCCAAAAUCUGGUCGUGUUUGGAAAACUCAGAAAGAAAAAUUUUCCAGUGUUAAAAAGUCCAUUAGAGGAGAAGCUACGGCAAAACAUUUAGCCUACAGAGAUGAAAUAAAGAAUAUAAAGGCAUUGUCUCGUUCGAUAAAAGAAGAUCGCAAACAACAGAAUAAAGAAAAAAGGCAACGCCGAGAAGAAAACAAACGUCGCAGGUUGGAAAAUGAGCGAAAAUCAGAAAUAGUUCAAAUUAUUAAAAAUCCCGCCAAGCUAAAGCGAAUGCGUAAAAAACAAUUGAGGCAGAUUGAAAAAAGGGAUUUGGAUAAAAUAAAAGUAGUUUAAACGCUAAAUUAAAA